AUGGAUGUGCAUAGCUCGAAAGCCGAGGCCCCAGUCUUCAAUGAGAAGGCGUCCGAGAUAAUCAAUGCGAAUGGCACGUCAAACAUGGAUCCAACGCAUCUUGCUAUAGAUACGCAUGCCAGCAAUCUCCGCAGUACUUCGAACUCCCCAGCCGCAGCGACGCAUACUCCCAAUACUCAAACAGCCGAGGAACUUGCUCGAUUUCAGAAUGCUGAUCUGCGUACUCUGCCUGCCUGGAUCCGGUCGGUCGAGGAAGUCAGUCGGGAAGAUGAGGAAGAAGCUACCGCGACAGAUCACCUACUACCCUCUCAACCCAAUGAUGCGCUUGUCGCCCAACAUAAUCAUGCUCCGCACCCUACCUCCAGACCCGAAUAUUCUCAGGAGGGUCAACUCGAAGACGGCGUGCCGACCUCCCCACGUCGUGAGUCUCGGUGGAAAACAUUCUCCCGCAGCAUACAGUAUCCUCGAGAAUAUGGCGACGAGUACAAAGAGGUAUCUCCGGAAUGGAUGAAUGAUAAUUUGGGAAAUUACAUGGAGCCAUGGCGAGGCAAUUUGCUGGAAGGAGAUAGCCCAGAGUAUCCCUUGCACAACAGUACUCGCCGUCGAGAAAUCUGGUUCAAGCGCUGCCACAACUUCUUCUUAAGGAGUCCGAUCGCUCCGCUCAUGUUGCGAUUGACUGUCUGGUGCUUCUCGCUUGCUGCCUUGGCAUUGGGUGGAACAAUUCAACACUUGGCCGACAAGGCGCAUGAACGCCAAGGUGCGUCCGCACUAAUGGCAAUCAUUGUCGAUGCAGUUGCUCUGGUAUAUCUUGUUUAUAUCACCUUCGAUGAGUAUACGGCAAAACCUCUGGGCCUGCGAUCUCCCUCAGCUAAAGCACGUCUUAUCCUGCUGGAUCUGUUUUUCAUUGUGUUUGAUUCGGCCAAUCUCAGCUUGGCAUUCAAUUCAUUGUCCGAGUUGACCGGUGCGUGCACUGAGGCAGAGAUCAAUCAACUAGUUGAACCUCGUAAUGAUCAAAUCUGCGUGCGACAAAAGGCCCUUGCGUCUGUGCUGCUGGUCGCCCUGGUCGCCUGGCUGAUGACGUUUGCAAUCAGCGUUCUAAGACUUGUUGAGAGAGUGAAACAUUGA